AUGAUGAGAAUCGCAAGCACUACUCCUUUGCUUGUCACACUUUCGCUUUUUGUUCUCAUUGGAUCCUUUCAUAUUGAGGUUUGUAAUGGAGAUCUUGAAUCGUUACUCUCAUCUUGGAUGCGGCCAGGGAAGGGUAAUGGACGUGGAGAUCGUGAAGGAGACAAAGAAGUUGGUGGCGAAAAUCAAGGAGAUAUUGGAGGACUAAAGAUGAAGUUCUAUGAGAACAUUUGCCCUCAUGUUGAUGUUGAAAAGAUAGUAGAGACCAUUACAUGGAAGAAUGCUUCGGGUAAUCCUAGCUUGGGAGCUAAACUACUACGGAUGCAUUUCCAUGAUUGCUUUGUCACGGGAUGUGAUGCAUCAAUAUUACUGGAUCCAUCAACAAACAAGGCUAGUCCUCAAGUUGAGAAAGAAGCAGGACCUAAUCUAUCUGUAUCUGGAUACGAACUUAUAGAUGAAAUCAAAACACGGCUAGAAAAAGAAUGUCGUGAAACUGUGUCUUGCGCUGAUAUCAUUGCGUUGGCUACCCGUGACGCUGUUUCGUUUCAAUUCCAAAAACGGAUGUGGGAAGUACCAUUAGGAAGAAGAGAUGGAAGGACUUCUCUUGCAUCUGAAGCAUUCAAAAACUUGCCUUCUCCCUCUUCAAACUUCAAACUUCUUCAGGACGCCUUUGACGAUAAAGGUCUCGAUAUUAGAGAUCUUGUUGCUCUGUCAGGUGCACAUACACUUGGAAUCACACAAUGUGGUAUGAUUUCCACGAGGCUCUUCAAUUUUACCGGCAGAGGAGAUACCGAUCCAUCUAUCGAAAAAUCUUAUGCAGAGACUUUGAGAUCUAAAUGCAGACAAAGCUUUGAAACAGAGUUAGAAAUGGAUCCUGGUAGUUCGAAAUUCUUCGAUGGCAAUUACUUUAAGAUUGUCAAUCAAAAGAAGGGAAUAUUUGAAUCUGAUGCGACACUUCUUACAAAUAGUUUUGCAGCUUCCUUGGUGAAAGAGUUUGAGGAUAAUAACAAAUUCUUUGCUGCUUUCGCAACAUCAAUGGUCAAACUGGGAGGCACGGGUGUACUUACUCGAAAAAAUGAAGGAGAGAUUAGGAGAGACUGCCGAUUUGUUAAUUAA